AUUCUAGUAUCACUACAAGGCUUUAAAACACGCAGCGUCACAAGGCAUCACAAGGUAUCACAAAGUAUCACAAAGUAUCACAAAGUAUCACAAGCUAUCACAAAGUAUCACAAGGCAUCACAAAGUAUCACAAGGUAUCACAAAGUAUCACAGAGUAUCACAAGGUAUCACAAGGUAUCACAAGGUAUCACAAAGUAUCACAAGGCAUCACAAAGUAUCACAAGGCAUCACAAAGUAUCACAAAGUAUCACAAGGUAUCACAAAGUAUCACAAAGUAUCACAAAGUAUCACAAGGUAUCACAAAGUAUCACAAGGCAUCACAAAGUAUCACAAGGUAUCACAAAGUAUCACAGAGUAUCACAAAGUAUCACAAGGUAUCACAAAGUAUCACAAGGCAUCACAAGGUAUCACAAGGCAUCACAAAGUAUCACAAAGGCUAGCGGGUCUCAAGUUAAACAUAAAGAAAUCGAAAGUAAUUUGGUUGGGAAAAUGGGAAAAAAAAAAAGUUAUCCUUUACAACUAAAAUGGUUACAUAGUCCGACUCGCCUCUUAGGAAUUCAUGUCUCUUAUGAUGAGAAGGGUAACAAUGAAUUGAACUUUAAUCUGAAAAUACGAAAACUUCAAACAAAGCUGGAUAUGUGGAGAUCUAGAGACCUCACACUAUUUGGGAAGGUACUGAUAAUUAAGUCCCUAGGAUUGUCACAAUUAAUUUAUUCAGCUUCAAUUCUUAAUGUUCCCGAAGAUAUCGCAAGCACAGUGAAAACAAAGUUUUUUAGUUUCUUAUGGAAAAACAAAAGGGAUAAAAUUAAACGAACUGGGCUCUAUCAGGAUCUGGGAAGAGGCGGAAUACGUAUGGUAGACAUCGACAUAAUGUUUAAAGCUCUAAAACUAGCCUGGAUUCCAAGAUUACUGACUCCAGGGAACCAGAAUUGGAAAACAGUUCCUGAUUAUUACCUAAGAAAAUUCGGAGGUUUGAACUUUUUACUGAGAUGUAACUAUGAUGCGAAAUACAUAAAAUCUAUUCCAUUGUUUUACCGAAAUAUUCUAGUAUACUUCAGUGAAUUCAAAACUCUGUACAGCUUUGAUCAAGCACAAAAUAUAAUUCUAUUCAACAACAAAGAAAUACUUGUUGACAGUAAAACCUUUUUUAUCAGGGAAUGGUUUAAAAAAGGUAUCCUGUCAAUACAAGAUCUCUUAAACAAUACCGGUCAACCGAUGACCUAUCAGGAAUUUACGAAUAAGUAUUCCUGUAAAACUAACUUCCUUCAAUACUAUCAAGUUAUUAGCGCUAUCCCAAAGCACCUAUUAGCCAAAGCAAAAUCAACGAAGCCAAUUAAUAAAGAGUUAUAUUCUGAUAAUAAUCUUAGUCUACAAUUAAAUGAAUCGAGAACUCUAUAUCUGAACAAAAUCAAGACUAGCGACUUCUAUACGUUAUUAUGCACAAAAAUCCACACAACAGGUCAUUCUGGGCCACAGAGAUGGAGCAAAGAUCUUUCCUUGGAUGAAGAUAAAUGGGAAAAAAUAUUCACCUCCCUAAAAACCGUCUGUAGAGAGACCAAAUUAAAGGAAUUUCAAUAUAAAUUAAUCCACCGAAUUGUAGUCACCAAAAAGGAACUUUACCGCUAUGGAAUCAAGGAAGAUGAUGAAUGUAUAUAUUGUGGUGAAAAAGACUCUAUUAAUCAUACUUUUAGAGAUUGUCAUUUCGUCAAGAUUUUCAUUCAACGGGUUAUCAACUGGUUCAAUAUAGAAAACAAGAUCAAUCUCAACCCAUCUAGCGAAGAAAGACUGUUCGGCAUCCUCUCGGACUUACAUGAAAAAGUACUAGUAAGGAAAUUCAAUUAUACCAUGUUGUUUAUGAGAUACUACAUCUACGCCAACAAACUACACAACAAACCAAUUCUCCUCCAAGACUUCGUUGGUAAAAUGAUAAUUAAAUACAGAAUUGAAAAGCUAUAAAAUAGACAUGAAAAGUAACUCCUCUGACCUUUUUUUUUUUUUUUUUUUUUGUUUGUGUUUAUGUGGGGGUGUGUGUGUGUGUGUGAUGUACUAGAAUUGUAAGUAGUGUAACCAUUGUAAUUAUUAGUAGUACGAGCAUCGUAUGGAUGCUAUUGUCAGUAUAGCCAAUAUUGUAAAUAGUGCAAGUAUAGUGAAUAUUGUUAGUAGUAUUUAGUUUCAGUAGUGUUUAGUACUGUAAACAUUUAAUAUAUGUCUGUAAGGCAAAAAUAAAUAAAAAAAACAAAAAAACAAAAAAAAAAACAAAGUAUCACAAAGUAUCACAAAGUAUCACAAAGUAUCACAAGGUAUCACAAAGUAUCACAAAGUAUCACAGAGUAUCACAAAGUAUCACAAGGUAUCACAAAGUAUCACAAAGUAUCACAAAGUAUCACAAAGUAUCACAAAGUAUCACAAAGUAUCACAAAGUAUCACAAAGUAUCACAAGGUAUCACAAAGUAUCACAAAGUAUCACAGAGUAUCACAAAGUAUCACAAGGUAUCACAAGGUAUCACAAGGUAUCACAAAGUAUCACAAGGUAUCACAAAGUAUCACAAGGUAUCACGGAGUAUCAAAAGGUAUCACAAGGUAUCACAGAGUAUCACAAGGUAUCACAAAGUAUCACAGAGUAUCACAAGGUAUCACAAGGUAUCACAGAGUAUCACAAGGUAUCACAAAGUAUCACAAGGUAUCACAAAGUAUCACAAGGUAGCACAAAGUAUCACAAGGUAUCACAAAGUAUCACAAAGCAUCACAAAGCAUCACAAAGUAUCACAAGGUAUCACAAAGUAUCACAAAGUAUCACAAGGUAUCACAAAGUAUCACAAAGUAUCACAAAGUAUCACAAGGUAUCACAAGGCAUCACAAGGUAUCACAAGACAUCACAAAGCAUCACAAGGCAUCACAAAGCAUCACAAGGUAUCACAAGGUGUCACAAAGUAUCACAAAGUAUCACAAGGUAUCACAAAGUAUCACAAAGUAUCACAA